AAGAAGAUGAAGGCCUUCAUCUUCUUUCUUCUCCUGGGAAUACAGGGGGCAGCAGCAGUGACCCACUCUCUGAAGUAUUUCCACACUGGGUCCUCUCAAGUCCCAAACUUCCCAGAGUUUGUGGUUGUUGGGAUGGUUGAUGAUGUUGAGAUUGAUUAUUAUGACAGCAACACGGAGAAAGCGGUGCCCAAACAGGACUGGAUUGCCAAGAACACAGAUCAGCAGUACUGGGAGAGAGAGACUGCAAACUGUUGGGGUUCCCAGCAGGCGUUCAAAGCCAACACUGACACUGCAAAGCAGCGCUUCAACCAAACUGGAGGUGUUCACAUUGUCCAGCGGAUGUACGGCUGUGAAUGGGAUGAAGAAACAGGUGAAGUGAAUGGAUUUCGCCAAGACGGUUAUGAUGGAGAGGACUUCAUAAUCUUUGACCUGAAGACAGAGACGUGGGUCGCUCCAAAACAACAGGCUGUCAUCACAAAGAUGAAGUGGGACAGUAACAAAGCUACGAUCACACAGUAUAAGAACUACCUCACCCAGAUUUGUCCUGAGUGGCUGAAGAAGUAUGUGAACUAUGGGAGGAGCUCUCUGAUGAGGACAAUUCUUCCCUCAGUGUCUCUCCUCCAGAAGUCUUCCUUCUCCUCAGUCACCUGCCACGCUACAGGUUUCUAUCCUAACAGAGCCGAGAUGGUCUGGAAAAAAGAUGGAGUGGAGCUUCAUGAGGGUGUGAACAAAGGAGAGAUUCUCACCAACAAUGACGGGACCUUCCAGAUGAGUGUUGACCUGGAUGUCUCAUCAGUCAAACCUGAAGACUGGCACAGAUACAGAUGUGUGUUUCAGCUCUCUGGUGUGAACGAGGACAUCGUCACCAAACUGGACAAAUCAGAGAUCAAGACCAAUGAAGGAAGUUCCUUCUCCCUGAUCAUCCUUGUUGUUGUUGCUGUGGUUGUUCUUGCCGCCAUCGCUGUGAUCACAUUCAUUAUUUACAAAAAGAGGACAGACAAACGUCCCCCAUCUCCUGUAGAGAACCGUGAAGUCCAGGAGCAAAUGAUUCCUAAAGCCUAAACCACAAACAGCUCUGCACACAAGAACCUGAGAGAAGACGUGUCAGCUCGUUCUUCUACAUAAACUGGAAUUCAUUGAAUUUGUUGAUUGUUCACAUCAUAAAAUCUGUUAAAAAGAUCUAAAGUCUAAAAUAUAGUUGCAGAUGCUUAUUAGUCAAGAUUUAAUGGAAAGGAGUUUGAAAAUGAGUUGGCAAACAUUACAUCAUUAACAUAUACAUCAUAAUAGUGGCAUUAAAUUAUUCUGAAUAUGUUGUUUUCAGUUUAAAAAAGGCAAUUUUUUAAAAAAAGAUCUAAUUCUGUUUAAAUGUUUCAGUAUUAGUAUCAAUAUUAUGACAGAGAUCUUGAUAACCAUUUUCUCGGUAAAGAGCUAUUAUUUUUUACAAUAGCGGAUUUAUUUUGCUUUCUUAUUACAUACGCAAUAAAAUAAAAACCUUUAAGAUUAUCCGAUAUUCUGACCACCCUAAUGCCUGUAACCUAGCAUUAGGAUUUCAAGAUUAUCUGAUUAUCCUGUUGCUUGUAACUUAGCAAAGUA